GAAAGAAAGAAAAGAUAAUAGCCAGUGUGAUUUUUUUUUUGCAGUUUUUGGCCAGGGCCAGGUUUGAACCCACCACCUCCAGUAUAUAGGGCCGGCACCCUACUCCUUGAGCCACAGGUGCCACCCACCGGUGUGACCUUUUACUGUGCGACUUAGUAGAGUUACUUAACCUCUCUCUAGAGCUUGGUUUCUUCACUUAUAAAAUGGGGAUAACAGUACUGCAUAUCUCAGAUUUAUUGUGAGACUGGAAAGUGGUUAGAAUGGGACCCAGCACACAGUACUGUGCUCAAUACCUGUGAGCUGUUAUUGUUUUCACGGAAGACUUAUCAGCACUACAGCUAUGAGGGAUCGUAAUUAAUGGAUUCCACCAAAUACACUGUACAUCUCAUCUGGCCCCACCUUAAGCACUGGGGACAUUGGUUCCUGAACUAUUCUAGAGGGAAAUUAGCGUUAACAGAAGUACGUAUCUUGUGCUCAGGAUCACAGUGGAGGAGGGAGAAGUUUAUGCUUCCUGCAAGGAUCUCGGGAGGGCUUUCCAAUCUGGUCUUGAACGUUUACCAGGCCCGGCACGGCCUGACGGCUCAGAUUCGGGAAAAGCAGAGCGGAGAGCAGUGGAAGGGCAGAGAAACCCGAGGAGGAGAGCGCUUCGGAACGGGCUCUCGCUGCCCUGACCCUCGGGCGCUGGCCAGGCGUCCCGGCCGCCGCGCCGCACCGUCGGAGCGCAGUGAAGCCGGGCCGGGGGGCUGGCGGGCGGCGAGAGGGCCCGGGGCCCGGCGGCCGCGGUGCCCCCCUCCUGCGCGCCCGGAGGGAGCGGCCGCGCGCGCCCGCCCGCUCUCCCCGCGCGUCCCUCCCCUCGCUGCCCCCGCCCCGCUCCCUAUUUGGAGCGGAGACACCCUGACGUCGGAGCCGCUUCGCUCGCCGCUCCCCCGCGCCGCGCGCCCGCCCGGGGCCGCAGACGGCGCAGCGCAGCCCAGCCGAGCCUAG